UGUUGUCAUUUCGUCCAGCAACGUGAAACGUGAUUAGAUAAUAUUAGAUCGUCUUUUCUGUUUUUUGUAAAAAUCUUGAAAUUUGGGCUUUUGAAGCCUCACGACAAUGGAGACUCAGCCAGCGAAAGAACCUCCGAAAACUUCGAUGGUGUACAUUUGUGGAGAAUGCCAUCAUGAGAAUGAAAUUAGACCAAGAGAUCCGAUCAGAUGCAGAGAAUGCGGAUACCGUAUUAUGUAUAAGAAGAGGACGAAGAGACUUGUGGUUUUUGAUGCACGCUGAAAUCGACUUGAAAGAGGAUGCCUCAAACUGAAGAAUUUUUCUCAGGAUACCUAUGCAGUGGAAAAGAAGUUGUGAAUAUUGUACAGAUUUGUCGAGAUAAGUUAAUAUAUCAGAUUUGUUCAAAUUAGAUUAGAUCAGUCAUUGAUCAUUUUAAUUAAAUCUAUUGGAUUUUUUAAAUAAAUUUCUUUAAUUUGUCAGUAUUUUUCACCAAAUUAAUGAAUGAAUCCUAAAAAUGAGUCUAUGGUAUGAUGCACACCAUUUUAAUGUUUGUUUGCACAGAUUCUUUCGAUAAUGAUACCUACCUGUCUCAGCAAUGAGUAAAAUUUUCUUUUAUUCAGUACUGUCAAGUCAAGAAGUGCCAAUUUUUCAGCCCUAACAGGCUUCAUCCUUUUAUUGGACCAUUUUGGGUGAAAUGAACAUUCAAUCAGAGCAAAUGACUAACGAUUGACUUUUAGAGUCUCCUUAUUUCACGAAUUAAAAAUUCAAAUUGUGUAAAUAACUGAUAAAAUGACCCGUGUAAACGUUUUUCAACUUAUGAACUUUUUUUUCAAAAUAUACAGUUUUAACUAACA